AAGGGGCCGCACCACGAAUGAAUGGAACUAUUCGAACAAUUCUGCGUUUUUUGAGGAACUGGAAUUAGGUUUUCUUGGAACCGUAGUGCGCAGCGGAAGGUGGGGCCGAUAUUUUCUGUUUGUCUGCUCUAGCUCUGCGUUGUUCAGUUUCCAGGUCCUAUGCCAACUCCGCCUCCCGGGGAGCAGAGGCGGAGCACGGCUGUGUCGUUUGGGGGGCCGCAGCCACGUGUUCACUCGGGCAGUGUUGUUGCCAGGUCCUCCGCCUUACGAGCUCCACUCCCACGGUGGAUUUCGUGCCGAGGGAAACGGGGGGGAUGCUCAACGCGGAGAUGGCAGCCUGGGCUGCGCUCCUGUCUGCAGAUAUCCGCCACCCGUGGAGUGGGCAACUUUGCCCUAGAGCCAGGCAGCGUGUCCGGCCUCCUUACCGCCUCCAAACAAGGGGAGUGAGGGGGACUGGCGGACGCUGGAGAGACAGGAGAGCUGGAGGCUCCCCUGGUCCCCUUUCAUCGCAGUGUCUCAUUUAUUCGUUUAGCAAAUAUUGGACGAGUCAUUCUGCCUUGGUUUCCCCACCUGAAGAAAUAAGAUAUAACUACCGUCCGCGGAGUGGAGGUGAAAGAUCAACGAGAUGUUUGUGAAAGGGAAGCCUUUAGCGCCUGGCACGUAGCAAGAGCUUAAUAAACGUUAGCAUUAUUGAUUCAAACAAACAAACAAACAAACAUUAAUUAGGCGCGUGGUAGGUACUAGGCACGGUUCCCAUUGAGGAUUACAGGUUAGAACCCAUCUUUCCGGAUGCGAAGGGAAACGUGCCGGCUACGACCCGCUGGGGUCUCCAGAUGCAACCCAUGGGUGGACCCUGAGCCCCAUCCACGGUCCCCCUCCCCUGGGCCAGCGCGGGUGCAGUGGGGAACCCUGAGGAAGCAGACCACCUCGAGAGCUCAGCUUGGACUGGGGAACUCCCCUCACACAAGUUUGGGACCCUUUUCUUAGCUCAGUAAAUUCCACCCUGUCGCUUUAAGGAGUCUUUCGCCGCGGCGCUGUGGAAAGCCCGGAUGAGGCUCUCUGAUUGGGCGGGGCGUCUCGGUGACUUCACUCCGGGUACAAAAGGGCCCGGGUGGCGGGCGCCGGGGCAGAGCGUCCUGGCAGUGUCUCAGCGUGGGUUGACCCGCAGAGAGAGGCGUGAACGAGCGCGUUGUCCACAGUGCACCUGCCAUCUGCCCUGCCCAGCCGGGAGUCCCCGUCGCCCUCGCCUCCGCCGUCGAGCAGCUAUGGAAGUGCAGAAGGAGGCGCAACGCAUCAUGACCCUGUCGGUGUGGAAGAUGUACCAUUCGCGCAUGCAGCGCGGUGGCCUGCGGCUGCACCGGAGUCUGCAGCUGUCGCUGGUCAUGCGUAGCGCCCGGGAGCUGUACCUCUCGGCCAAGGUGGAAGCCCAGGAGCCCGAGGUGCCCUUGCCGCCCGCCCGCUCCCCUGACCCUCGCCUGCACCCGCCGCGGGAAGCGGAAGCCACAGUCAAGGCAGCGGCCCCCGACGGUGAGCAGCCCUCUCCGGAACCCAUGGACACGCGGGAGGCGCAAAGAGCGGAGGAGACCCCUGCCCCCUGUGCCCAGCGCCCUGCCAAAGUCAGCCGCAAGCGGCGGAGCAGCAGCCUGAGCGACGGUGGGGACGCCGCACUUGUCCCGAGCAAGAAAGCUCGCCUAGAAGAAGAGGAGGAGGAAAGGACCUCUUCGGAGGUCCUUGAUCGCCUGCAGCCCCCUCCGGCGCAAGCGGAGGGCGCCUUUCCCAAUCUAGCGCGUGUCCUGCAGAGGCGCUUCUCCGGCCUCCUGAACUGCAGCCCCGCCGUACCCCCGACGGCGCCGCCAGCGUGCGAGGCGAAGCCGGCUUGCCGCCCGGCGGACAAUAUGCUGAACGUGCUGGUGCGGGCCGUGGUGGCCUUCUGAGGGCCCCAAGCGGCGCUAUCGGAGCCCAGAGCGUGGGCUCAACCGUCGGCCAGAGUGCGCAGACCCGAGGCGAGGCCCACCCCCGGGGGAGCGCCCGUGGAAACCGUGGAGAGGAGCAGCCGCCCGGGCUGCCGAGAGGCCCUGAGAGGGACUCUGCCCCCGGGGAGCCGUCGCCACCUGUGUGCAGCGGCGACACCGAGGAGCCUGAGCCGGGGGCGCGGGCACCUUCCCCCAGACCUGCUGUGCCCGCAGGUGCUGUCUUAACGGACUGGGACGUGGACCUUACCCUCUCCUUCUGGGACUGGGAGAAGGGAGGCUUGGUUCUUUAAACUCCUCAGGGUCGGACUUUAUUUUUUACUGGGGGCUGUGCUGCCCUUUCAAGAUUUUUCAAUAGUUGGUGUUUGUGUUUCUAACCUCAGAGAAUUCCAGGCGCUUCCCUUCCCCCUCCAGUGACAUACUUGUGCAAGCGGUCAUCGUUGCGUCAUGGGGCAGACGUGGGGAGCUUCCUGUUGCCUUGCGUGGGUGUGAGGCCUGGGAGGAGGAUCUGGGGUGUGGACCGCCCUGGGGAAUGGGAGGAGGGUGGGCUGAGUCACUUCGCCUCUGUGUGCUGCGGGUUAUUGCCCCAAGCCCCCUACACCUUCAAGGGCAGAGGGCUGAUCUAAUUUCAGGUUAAAAGUUUUCUCAUCUGGUGCAUUAGAGGUGGAAUAUGUUGACAGUCUCAAGCUUGACCCUUCCUCACAGCCACAGACACAAUCAACCUAGACGUUCCUGGUCUGAAUCACAGAAACGGGGGGAGGGGGUUGUUCAGAGCUCUGUAAGCUGAGCUGGAAUCAGUUGCUGGUGAGAGACUGGGCCAGUUUGGGGGGCGGGGGUGGAUUCUUGCCAGGGCGUUCCGGGGUUCUGUUUACCUUUCCUGUGGUGGAUUUUGUUAACUCCAUCUAUCUGGCCUUUUUGCUAGAAACGCCAGAUAGGAGAAUAAAGACCAUGUGAAUA